AUGCUGCUAAAGCCAGAGAGACAACCUGAAGAAACAAAAUCGUACAGGGCCAUAAGUCUGCUACCCAUCCCAUCCAAAAUAUAUGAAUCCCUACUGCUACAACGAAUCUUGCCUAUACUCAAAGAGAAGGAGCUAAUCCCUGACCACCGGUUUGGAAUCCGCAGUAAGCAUGCCACUAUCGACCAAGUGCACAGGCUAACAAAAUACAUCAUGGAGUCGCUGGAAGGUAAAUCUUACUGCGCCAGUGCGUUCCUGGACAUAUCUCAAGCGUUUGACCGCGUGUGGCAUGAGGGAUUGUUAUUUAAAUUGAAAAAUGCACUACCAGAUCACCUUUACGGGAUAUUAAAAUCAUUUCUCCAGCAGCGCCAUUUCAUAGUACAACAAGGGGAAGCUCUGUCAGAUCUCUGCCCUAUAAAAGCAGGAGUCCCGCAGGGCAGUGUACUGGGUCCCAUACUCUAUUUACUUUUCACUGCGGACCUGCCGACAUCUGAAUCAUUAAUCACUGGAACCUUUGCUGACGACACCGCUAUACUGGCUACUCAUAGCGACCCAAAAAUAGCCUCACAAAUACUUCAAAAAGGGCUAAAUGACAUAUCCCACUGGCUCAAAAAGUGGCGGAUAAAAGCAAAUGAAACCAAAUCAGUCAACGUAACGUUCACCCUAAGAAGGGGCUCUUGCCCCCCAGUCACACUUAACAACAUUGUAGUUUCACAGGCAGAUCAUGUGAGAUACCUUUAA